AUGGGGAAUCAAACGAGUCAUCAGCAGCCGGCGGAAACCGUCGUCACCGAUCUUGAGCUGCGCCUCGCCCCGCAGAACUUCUACCUUGUCUUUGGCAAGCCGUCCAUUCACUUUGCGCGAGAGCGUGUGCGAGGGCCACUCAUCUAUGAUGUGGAAGUGGAGUAUGACGACGAUGAGAACCUUGUUGAGCACGCAGCGACGCUUGAUCUCACAUGCGCCGUACCACGCCGGCAAAAGAUUGAGCUGAUCAGCGUACCCCCACCGUCGCCAGGGGUUGUCGGCGCCUCCAAGGGACUUGCACUCACGUUCCAGAUCGCGGCGACGCAGCCACCGCAACGGGUGUGCGUGUACACUGGUGUAUCAGUGGAAUAUCGCGUCCGCGAUGGUGUGCGACUGAAAACUAGCGGUGGUGUCGCGGAGGGAUCCGUGUGUAUCUUCGAUACCACCGAGACAGACGGUCUCACAACAGUUGUCACAAACCCCCUGGUGCUGCUGCAGCUGCUGCAACCUGUCAAGUACGAGGAAAUUGCCGACACGCCUGCCGUCUCAACGGUGCAGCGGGUAGCCUACGCCCCGCUAGUCAUCGAAGUGGUGAUCGGGGAGACGGAGGAGCACAGCAAGAAGUCGCAGCGCUUUGCACCUGCCGACAAAACUGCGCACGAGGCGACGCAGUCGAAGCCUAGAAAGAAGUGUAUUGUGCAGUACACCUUCCUGGAGGCGCCGGAGGAGGGAGCCGAGCUUGCAGGGUCUUCGCGCGGUUGUGGGGAAGCUCAACCAGCGCAUCGCUUUACCUGCAAGGUGGCGAAGCAGCUGCUUCAGGUGGGCAACGAGGUGUACGACUUAGAGGACAUCUUCGACGACGGCCGCGGGGACGACGUGCGCGACGCUGCAGGAGAUGAGGAGGAUAUGGAGGGGCUCUGCGUGAUUUGCCUAACGAACCAGAAGGACACCACCAUCCUACCCUGCCGCCACAUGUGUCUGUGCAACACGUGCGCCGCACACCUGCGCCUCAGCAACAACCGAUGCCCCCUGUGCCGCGGCAACAUUGAUCGUGUUAUGACGCUUUAG